AUGUACGCAUUAGUCCGCUUUUUGAACAGCUUCGACAAGAAAGAGUACGUAGUGCCGGUUCACAACGUCAAGGACUUCCACCCGGCAAACAAGGAUGACUUCAACAAAACUAAAGUUUAUACGACACUCUGGAUCGACGAAGACCCGGAUAUUACAGGAUCCUACACCUGUCGAAUUCUGCUGCUGGCAGACUCGGAAGAAGAGUUGCAUAAGCAAAGAAGCAACAAGCGUCUUCCGCGCCUUGUGAUAAAUGCUUCAGACAUGGAGCAUGAAGAAGAACUCAUCGACCUCGACUUGCAGCAGCCAGCAGCAACAGCACGCUGACUGCAAAAGAGGUACUACACUAAGUGCUCUAAACUUUUGCCAUGCUUCAGUCGAACAUUGCUUAUUUGUUUUCAUUUCUUUCUGCAGGCACACAAGAAGCUUAAACAGAGUCAGGCAGCAUCCAAAAGUGCUGCUUAUGACAAAAUACUGAGUCAACAUGCCUCAAGUGUGCUGGAAAAAAAUAAAGCUGCCCGAGGGUCUCAAGUAAGCAUUAAAAUGUACACUUCUCGAUUUUAUUCAUUCCUUUUCAACUCCUUACUAUUCUUUGUGCACAGUCAUCUUCAAAAAGGUACGAGAUCACCGACCAGAA